UCUCUCUCUCUCUCUCUAUUGCCUUCUGUAUCCCUGCUGUGUUUCCUUGUUGUUUUUGUUUUCUCUCUCUAAAAAAAAAAUCAAAUGAUGGCUCUCAAAGCUGUUCAUGUCUCCGACGUCCCAAACCUCGACCAGGUCCCUGAGAAUCCCUCUUUCUCUCUCUACUCCACUCGCUCCUCCAAAGGAGUGGAAUUGGGGAGGAGUGCGUAUAGAGUACCGAAGUUUUUAGUGAUAGGGCACAGGGGACAUGGGAUGAACGUGUUACAGUCAUCUGAUCGUAGAAUGAGAGCGUUCAAGGAGAACUCGAUCUCGUCCUUCAACGCUGCCUCUUGUUUCCCUAUCGAUUUCAUCGAAUUCGACGUUCAGGUGACAAGAGAUGACUGCCCUGUCAUUUUCCACGACGAUGUUAUUCUCUCUGAAGAAAAUGGUACUGUGUUUGAGAAAAGGGUCACAGAUUUGACUCUCUCAGAAUUCCUUGGCUAUGGUCCCCAAAGAGAACCAAGCAAGCAAGGGAAACCUUUGCUGAGGAAAAUAAAAAAUGGGAAUAUUGUGAAUUGGGAUGUAGAGACAGAUGACACUCUUUGUACACUUCAAGAAGCUUUUCAGCAAGUGAGUCCCUCAAUGGGCUUCAACAUUGAAUUAAAAUUCGAUGACCACAUUGUUUACGACCAAGAUUAUCUCUUCCGUGUUCUCCAAGCCAUCUUGCAGGUGGUGUUUGAGUAUGCUAAUGACAGACCUAUUAUCUUCUCAAGCUUCCAGCCGGAUGCGGCAUUGCUCGUCAAAAAGUUACAGAGCACUUACCCUGUCUUCUUUUUGACUAAUGGGGGUACCGAGAUAUACUACGAUGUGAGGAGGAACUCCUUGGAGGAUGCCGUAAAGCUGUGCUUGGAGGGUGGUUUGGAAGGAAUUGUGUCAGAGGUUAAGGGAGUUUUUAGAAAUCCCGGCGCCGUGACCAAGAUCAAGGAGGCCAAGCUUUCACUUCUUACCUACGGCAAAUUGAAUAAUGUGCCUGAAGCAGUAUACAUGCAAAAUCUAAUGGGAAUUGAUGGAGUGAUUGUUGAUCUGGUUAAAGAGAUCUCAGAAGCAGUUUCCAAUAUGAUAAAGCCAUUGAAGGCAGAUGAAGGGGAAAGUUUAUCCGAAGGGGUGGAAGCAAAACCCCAAUUCUCGCCACGGGAGCUUGCAUUUCUUUGGAAGCUUAUACCUGAGUUGAUAGAGCUUUAAUUAAUGAUUGUAAUACUGUGCCAUAUACACGCCAAAUCUAAUUCAUAUAGCAGAAACUCUUAGUCGUGGAAGUCAACGCGUUACAUUUUCAUUGUUGUAUAUAAAUUGCUCAUUUCCAUUUCUUUAGAAUCACAAAUUUUUACUAAUCUUGUUGGUCUUCCAUUUGUACGUCAACAAAGUUUAUGAUAGUUUCGGACUAUAAAAAUAAAAAGAGAGGUUUAUGAUA